CCAAUAUUCAAAUGUUCAUAUUUAAAUUUACAUAAAUAUGGUAUUACAAAAAAAAAACUCAUUAUAUAAAAUAUAAAAUCAUUUGCACUAUUCUCAUGGAGACAAACACUUAUAAAUUGAUUAACUCUCCCACUAGUUAAUGUACCUUGAGCAAAGUGCACUGAGCUAGGGUUACGAACUUACGAUAUCUCAUGGGGACGACAACGUCACCACAAGCGCCGGCGUCAAGAGAAGCCACCAAACACAAUGAGUGGAGCCCGGCGGCCUGCGGACGUGUCCUCCUCCCCAAACAAUAAGAGAGAGAAGGAAACUAUGCAAACAAAUAAAAUGGUUCAUGCCCUAGACCUGGAAACCGAAAUCGUGGUUGUGGAGGAUAUAACAGCAUAAGAGAUGGAAGAGGAAGCAACACACCUUCACCCAACGAGUCAAUCUAUGUGGAUGGACGGAGCGCGUCGACUGUUCAAAGGAGAGCUUCAAACAAGAUAGCUUGUAUGUUGCAUAUUCCGACUCCAAGGAUGUGGCUCAAACGGAAAAGGAGGAAGAUGACACGAUAGAUGAGAUGGAGGAGGAUCCAAGGUGUCCAACGGCUCGACGACGGGGAAAAGAAAAUGGCGAAGAGAAUGGAGGUCAUUGUUGGUAGUGCAGGGUUUGGGAAGUAAAGUACCCUACCAGCCACUCGCUCAUAGCCUAAACUUACUGUGGGCAAGACAUGGUGAGCUACAGACUUAUGACCUAAAAAAUGGUUUCUACCUAGUAAGAUUUUGACACCAAGAAGAUGAUGAAAGGGAUGUGAAUGGGGGACUGUGGCCUCUUGGAGACACCAAUCUUACGGUAAUGAGAUGGUAUAAGGGGUUCAGUCCAUGGAAGGUCGAGGUGAGAUGCACUAUGGUGUGGGUGCAGCUCCCGGACUAACCAAUAGAGUUUUUCAAUAAAGAAGCAGCCAUGAGAUUUGGUGGAUUAAUCAGAAAGCCUAUUUCAGAUGAUAGGGCCACAGAAGAAGGAGCAAGAGGUAAUUAUGCUUGAGUAUGUGCGGAAAAUGACCUCACAAAGCCAUUGCUUACAAAGUACAAGGUUCAGGGGGUUAAGUACCGCAUACAACACAAGGCACAGUGGAGAUAGUCCCUAAAACUCCCUCGAAGGAGAACAAGAUGGAUCCUAUGUAUGGUGAUUGGAUGAUGGUAAGAAAGAAGGAAUGUCGCCAUGUUCGUAAGUCCUAUGACUUGGGAAAUAGGGGAGCAUUCAAUGCUCAUGCAAAUGUGGGCGGGCGAAAUCGGUACCAGGUCUUGAAUGAGGAUAUGAAGCAUGAAAGGGAGAUUGUAGCUGAACAUGAGAGCCAUGUUACCAUGGUAAAGGAUAAUGUGCAGGAACAGAAGAAUCACAAACCGGUGAAUCAAGGGAAGAAGGUGGUUGGAGAACGAAAUGGACUAGAAUAGGGUGAUCAACUGAAAAGAGAGGAGCAAGUACAAGGGAGGUGCAGAUCUAGGUGUGCUUUCGUCAAAAGUUGAUGGUGCAAGGACCAUAUCCCCUUUGGGUAAUAAAUUACACUUCUUAGCUAUAACUGUCGUGGCGUGGGAAACACACGAGCAGUUAGAGCCCUAAAGUCGCUUUUGUGACAGGUUUCCUCGAAGGUGGUCUCUUAAUGGACACUAAACAAUUUGAGACUGAAAAUGAGGUUACCAUGCCUACUUUCGUUUUCGAGAAUGGUAAAUGUUUGCCGGCAGACGAUUCAAAUGGAGGCAAUGCGGGGGGAUUAUAUAUGUGGUGGUAGGAAGAAGUAAAGCUCGAGGUUAUGGGGGAUCUUAACAGCAUAUUGAUGGUCAAGUUGAGGAGGAGAAUGGCAGGGUGUGGAGGUUCAUCGGAAUUUAUGGAUGGCGGGAAAGGGGAGAAAAAUACAUAUGUGGGAGCUACUGCGGUCAUUAGCAGAUCAAUGGACAGGAUUGUGGUUGUGCGGUGGUGACUUUAACCACGUACUGUCUACUAAGGAGAAGCAUGGCGGAAGUAUAGGUCGGAGAAUUGAGAUGGUCAAGGUUUUGGAGUGUAUGGUGGACAUCAGAGUGCACGAUCUGGGGUACGAAGGAUACCGCUAUACAUGGGAAACCGAAGGUGGAUGGGGGUUACAUCUAGGAAUGUUUAGAUCGGUUUGUGGCCAAUGACGCUUGGAGAGAGAUGUUUGAUACCGCAAGAGUUGUGGCUGGUGGCGCAAGUCGGUCUGAUCAUUGACCAGUCUAUUGUGAUAGUAUGGGAAGGGAUGAUGAAGAUAUAAAGUGGGGAUGGUCGUUUAAGUUUGAACCACACUGAGCAAAACACAUUGAUUGCCCGAGAAUAGUACAAGAAGCUUGGAAGAUGGGAAUGACAGACUUCUUUUCCCUGGUCGAAGAUGUAGAAAAUCGGCUGGAUAGUUGGAGUAGAGCUACUUUCUCUAACUUUAGAAAACAAAAAGAGAGAAUAAAAAAUGAGCUUAGAGCUCUUGAGAGGAUACCAAAGAUGGAUUCAGUGUUCUUGCAAGGUAACCAACCCCGCUUGGAGCUUGAAGAUAUUGAGUGUGAUGAUGAACUUUUUUGGAAAGAACAAUCUUGUGCAGAUUGGGUAAAGGAUGGCGAUAAAAAUACAAACUAUAUUCACAGGAAGGACACCGCUCGACGUAAAAGAAAUACGAUCACUAAAC